AUGGUGCGCAAUCGCCCGCGUCGCGACGACGGGCGCCCUCCACGCCGCCCCCGGAGCCCAUCGCGACCCAACGGCCGCUCUUUCGGAGACAGGGGAAGUGGAGGACGAAGACCUGCAGACGGCCGUGAAGAGUCAUAUAGACCGUCUCGCGAUCAUGAUCCCUCAUAUCCCGGAGGAGCAGGAGGAGGAGGGGGAGGAGGCGGUGGUGGUGGGGGAGACUCAUAUAGGCCACCGACGGGCGACUUUACGUUUCGCGCUGGCAACGGCGCACCUGGAUUCCCGCCGGCGUCGCAGUACCCGGGGGGAGGAGACAGCUAUCGAAGGGGAAAAAGCAGGCGCGACGGAGGGGGCCGUGGUGGCCGAGGGGGACGUGGCGGCCGGCGCUGGCAGCCGCCCCCUCACACGUCCGAGCGCGCACUGCUGUCGAACUCCAUGAAUGACUUGCCCGAGGAGCGGCUGCACGACAGCAACGGCGCCGCCAAGUUUCGCGACCCCAACGAAUUGUCGGAUGAUAGUGAGAAAGAGAUGGAAAUCUCGUCACGCUCAUCGUCAUCCGAGACCGGUGAACCCUCUCGGAAACGCGUCAAGAAGUCAUCGACAGUCACUACCGCGGCUGACGACCCUGCCUCCGCCGCUCCCAAGUGGUCCAACCCGGAUCCCUAUACCGCCCUGCCUCCUCCCGACGAGACUCAGCAGAAGAAGAGGGGUGUCGUGGCCCUGAUACGAAAAGCUAGGAACGACGAGGCAAACAACAAGGCCGACGGCCCGCAAGAAACUGCCGAUUUCAUCGCAUUCGACAGCAGCGAAGACGAGGACGAUCACGAGGACGAAGAAGGCAAAAAUCAUCACGACAACCAAAAAAAGCCCCCACCUCCCCCCACCGAACCUCCCCCCCCUCUCCCCUCAGCACCUCCACCACCGCCUCCCCCAACUGCUCCCGUGAGAUCUUCAGACGGCCCGUUAGGUUCCCGCAAACGAACAGCAAACGAUCAGAUCAAACCCCCCGAGUACGGUCAGUUGAAGAAGGGAAGCAUGAAGCCCUCUAAGGGGGCGGUCACCCACUCCUGGGAGCCCAAGCCAGGUGAAGAGUCUAGCCCAUGGGCUACUCAAGAUCAUUCCGACACAAAGAACGCUGCUCUACGACUGCACAAGGAAGUUGUCGACUUCUACGAGUAUGUCCGCCCGCGCCAAUUCGAACAGAGGAUCCGCGAUAAUCUCAUCGAGAACCUCUCUCGGGCUAUGAAGAGGGACAACCAAAAAUUCGCCAGCGCGCAGGUACUUGCCUUUGGCUCAUUCAUGUCUGGCCUGUACCUUCCAACCGCCGACAUGGAUCUGGUCGUCUGCUCGGCUGCCUUCAUGCGCGGGAGCACCCCCAUCUACAUGACAGCCAAGAACUACCUCUACAAGUUCCGGUCAAUGCUCAUUGCCCAGCGAGUCGCAGAGCCGGAUUCUAUCCAGGUCAUUGCUCAUGCACGUAUUCCUCUCGUAAAAUUUGUGGAUAAGAUGACAGGUUUGAAGGUGGACGUCUCGUUUGAGAACAUGGGCGGUGUUGACGCCGUCGAUACAUUCCUCAAAUGGAAGGAGCAAUAUCCCGCCAUGCCUGUCCUCGUCACAGUCAUCAAGCACUUCCUUCUUAUGCGUGGGCUCAAUGAGCCGGUCAGCGGCGGAAUCGGCGGCUUCUCCGUCAUCUGUCUCGUCGUGAGCAUGCUCCAGCUCAUGCCGCAAGUCCAGUCCAAGAGCAUGAUCCCUGAGCACCACCUCGGUGAAAUGCUUCUCGAGUUCUUUGACCUGUACGGCCGUCGGUUUGACCAUGAAGUCAAUGCUAUUUCCUUGUCGGGCACGAUUGGCUACGUCCGCAAGAUGGACGUCCGUGGCUUCACCUACCGUAACAUGGAGCGCCUCUCCAUCAUCGACCCGAACAACCCAUCUAACGACAUCUCGGGUGGAUCCUCAAACACUCCCUCCAUCCUCGCCCGGUUUGAAGAGGCAUACAACGCCCUUCGCAAGAGACUCAGUGAAGUCGGCGCAUCUAACGCCAAGGGUGAGCGUAUCCUAGAUGUCAUCCUUGAGGGAGACUAUUCGUCUUUCCGCCUCCAGCGAGACUAUCUCCGCUACAUUCACGAGAAGAACUUCGGACCCUGUUCCGACUGA